GGUUGUGGGCGGGACCAGACAGUACCUAGGGGGAUCUAAGCUCGACCAAUCCCGGUUCAAGGAUUGUGUUGGGGGGCCUGGCAGGGGGUGUCCCGACCCCCCUUUCCCGGCAUCCUGGGGGAUGACCCCGGUGCCAGGCCCGGCGCCGGCCGCCUGAUGCCGGGCGGGCCGAGCCGGGGAUGCUGGAACGAAGGGCGUUGCUAUGGCAACGGGAGGCAGGGCCUGGAGGGGGGGACCGGGCCCAGGCUGGGGCUGGGGGGGCCGGCGGUGGCUGUGGCGGGGCGAUGGCGGAGCGCGGCCCGGCCUUCUGCGGCCUCUACGACACGUCCUCGCUGCUUCAAUACUGCAACGAUGACAAUUUGUCGGGCACGAGCGGCAUGGAGGUGGACGACCGCGUGUCGGCGCUGGAGCAGCGGCUGCAGCUGCAGGAAGACGAGCUCGCGGUCCUAAAGGCGGCGUUGGCUGACGCGUUGCGUCGCCUGCGGGCAUGCGAGGAGCAGGGCGCAGCGCUGCGCGCGCGGGGAACCCCCAAGGGCCGCGCGCCUCCACGCUUAGGCACCACAGCCUCGGUGUGUCAGCUCUUGAAAGGGCUUCCCACCAGGACGCCCCUCAAUGGUGCGGGACCCCCGCGGCGCGUGGGCGGCUAUGCCACCUCUCCAUCCUCCCCCAAGAAGGAGGCGAGCUCCGGGCGCAGCGCCCGCCGCUAUCUGUCACCAGAGCGCCUCGCCUCCGUGCGCCGCGAGGACCCCCGCAGCCGCACCACAUCUUCCAGCAGUAAUUGCAGCGCCAAAAAGGAAGGCAAAACCAAAGAAGUUAUCUUCAGCCUGGAGGAGGGCUCCGUGAAAAUGUUCCUGAGGGGGCGCCCUGUGCCCAUGCUGAUUCCUGAUGAGAUGGCGCCCACCUACAGCCUGGACACGCGCUCCGAGCUGCCUCCUAGCCGGCUCAAGCUGGACUGGGUCUAUGGCUACCGCGGCCGGGACUGUCGGGCCAACCUUUACCUGCUGCCUACCGGGGAGAUCGUGUACUUCGUGGCCUCCGUGGCCGUGCUGUACAGUGUGGAGGAGCAGAGGCAGCGGCACUACCUGGGACACAACGAUGACAUCAAAUGCCUGGCUGUCCACCCUGAUAUGGUCACCAUUGCCACCGGGCAGGUGGCAGGCACCACUAAAGAGGGGAAGCCACUACCACCACACGUGCGCAUUUGGGACUCAGUCUCCCUCUCCACCUUACAUGUGCUGGGCCUGGGGGUGUUUGACAGAGCUGUGUGCUGUGUAGGCUUUUCCAAAUCUAAUGGGGGCAACCUGCUGUGUGCAGUGGACGAAUCCAACGAUCACAUGCUCUCUGUGUGGGACUGGGCCAAGGAGGCCAAGGUGGUGGAUGGCAAGUGCUCCAACGAGGCUGUGCUGGUGGCCACCUUCCACCCCACAGACCCCACCCUGCUCAUCACCUGCGGGAAAUCCCACAUCUACUUCUGGAGUCUGGAGGGGGGCAGCCUGAGCAAACGGCAGGGCCUCUUUGAGAAACACGAGAAACCGAAGUAUGUGCUGUGUGUGACCUUUCUGGAGGGUGGCGAUGUGGUCACCGGGGACUCUGGGGGGAACCUCUAUGUUUGGGGCAAAGGUGGGAACCGCAUCACACAGGCGGUGCUGGGCGCCCAUGAUGGUGGUGUGUUUGGGCUCUGCGCCCUGCGGGACGGGACGCUGGUGUCCGGAGGAGGCCGUGAUCGUCGAGUGGUCCUCUGGGGUUCCGACUACAGCAAGCUGCAGGAGGUGGAGGUCCCAGAGGACUUCGGCCCAGUGCGCACCGUGGCGGAGGGCCGGGGGGACACCCUGUACGUGGGCACUACCCGCAACUCCAUCCUACAGGGCUCUGUCCACACGGGCUUCUCACUGCUUGUCCAGGGCCACGUGGAAGAGCUGUGGGGCCUGGCCACACACCCCAGCCGGGCACAGUUUGUGACAUGUGGGCAGGAUAAGCUGGUGCAUCUGUGGAGCGCGGAGUCCCACCAGCCCCUGUGGAGCAGGAUCAUCGAGGACCCUGCCCGCUCUGCUGGCUUCCACCCCAGUGGCUCUGUCCUGGCCGUGGGCACGGUGACUGGCAGAUGGCUCCUACUGGACACAGAGACCCAUGACCUGGUGGCUAUCCACACCGAUGGCAAUGAACAGAUCUCAGUGGUCAGCUUCUCUCCAGACGGGGCGUACCUGACCGUGGGCUCCCACGACAACUUGGUGUACGUGUACACGGUGGACCAGGGCGGCCGCAAGGUCAGCCGCCUGGGCAAGUGCUCGGGGCAUUCCAGCUUUAUCACCCACCUGGACUGGGCCCAGGACAGUAGCUGCUUUGUCACCAACUCCGGCGACUACGAGAUUCUGUACUGGGACCCGGCUACUUGUAAGCAGAUCACCAGUGCAGAUGCUGUGAGGAAUGUGGAGUGGGCCACAGCUACUUGUGUCCUGGGGUUUGGUGUGUUCGGGAUCUGGUCUGAGGGAGCGGAUGGUACUGACAUCAAUGCGGUGGCCCGCUCCCACGAUGGGAAGUUGCUGGCUUCAGCUGAUGACUUUGGCAAAGUCCACCUGUUCAGCUACCCCUGCUGUCAGCCCCGAGCCCUCAGCCACAAAUACGGCGGACACAGCAGCCAUGUGACGAAUGUGGCCUUCUUGUGGGAUGACAGCAUGGCCCUGACCACGGGGGGCAAGGACACCAGUGUGCUGCAGUGGCGGGUGGUCUAAAGGAGGCAGGAGAAUCCCAGGGAUGCGGGGCCAGGGGAGAGUCGGGUGGCAGGGCUGGAAUUCUAUUUUCGGGAGAUGUCUAUUGCCGAGUAGAGUAAUAUAUACCCAGAGUAUGUCUAUAGCAGAGGGGGUUAUGGGGGUGGGAGGGUAGGCUGACAAAAGUCGCUAUUUAUCGGGGCGGGAAGAGGGGUCACAUUGCUUUGGGGGAGCCAUUAAAGUAUUUGAUUUGGAGUGUUUUUUAAGUUUAUUCUUUUAUAUCAUCCAGAAAUAAAGACACAUGCA